CCACCACCACCACCACCAACCAUAGUGACCACCACCACCACAGUGACCACACUGGCCUUGAGUUGGUCCAACGACUGGUGCACAGUCCUUUCGUCCUGCGCUGGCGCUCAGCCCAACCGUGUGGACCUUGGGGUUUUUGGAUGGUCAGGGUCAACCUUUUAUCUUUUAGAGAGAUUCCGGCCUUGUCUCCGGAAUAACCAACUGACAAACGAAGGGACACUUUGUGUGUUAUUAUUCUAGUAGCUCAGUCGUUCGUGAAAUCAGAGAGCAAAGCAUGUGUAUGAUAGUUAAUGCACAGACCCCUGGAAGCUCGCGCCCGGAGCGAGAACCAUGCAGUUACAAGCUUGAUGAGUUUGGAGAGCAACAACUUACAAGUUGCCAACAACGGGUCCAUUGCAAGGAGAAUUGCCGAAUAAGGCCCACAAUAAAGUCAAAUACCAGAUGCUUCUGGCAAACUGUGCUGGCUGAAUUUUCUCUGCCAAGGUUUUAUCCCAGACGAUGGACUAGCUAUCCCCUAAGUCCCGGCUUGUCUCCUGCCGAGAGGAUUAGCGGGGAAGGAGAGGGAUAAGCUUCUGUCAAGCAAUUUACUUGGAUUUGUGCAUUUGUGCAUUUUGCGAUCAUCUAACCGGCUUGACUUAUUAAUUCAUACCCUCUUUUCUUUUCCCGUUUUGAUGCUUCGGUUGAAUUAGCCUUCUUGACAAGGAAAUUCACUUUUGUUCUGAUCGCUGUACUCUGUAUGGGAGCUCGACUUUGCUACCUUACAUUGGACUUCCCCCGCCGUUUUCCUUGGACCCUAUUUUGACCCUUCAACCCUCGCUUUCCGCGCUUUCUAGGUCAAGGGCGUGGGAACAGGAGAACUUUUGAUGGCUUGGAGCUCUUUUUUUCCAUUCUCAUCCAAUUUAAAAAAUAACUGGAAUAUCAACAUUGAUAUUUGCCGCCAACAAACCUCGGCGGCCCAAUGAUUGCCAGUGACAAAGCGUCAACGAUAGUUGAACCUAGCCCCGAUGAUGCUGUGACACUGUCGGGCAAUGCUACAUCGCGGCCAUCUUCCCCUGCAAAUAAGCAUGCUAUAUCCGUGAGUAUGGCAGAUGUCGAUAAAGGGCCGACCUUACCCAGUAGCGGUGAGGUCGGAUCUCAAUAUCACGAUCGUCCCCUAUCAGGCGGAGAGCCCAUGGAUUCAAACAAGGUCGACUGGGAUGGACCGGACGAUCCAAUGAACCCUUACAAUUGGCCGACGACCAAGAAAGUCGGCAUCGUGGUAGGAAUAGCGCUGAUUACUUUCUUAACGCCCCUGGGAUCCUCCAUCUUUGCCCCUGGGACUGCGGAGGUCAUGACCGAGUUCAAAACGAAUAACCUGGAACUUGCUUCCUUCGUCAUGUCUGUCUAUCUGCUAGGUUAUGCAUUUGGCCCGCUAAUUAUUGCCCCUCUCUCCGAACUGUAUGGGCGCAUGUAUCUAUAUCAUGCCUGCAAUGUUCUUUUUAUUGUCUUCAACGUUGCUUGCGCUGUUGCCCCGAGAUUAGAUUCACUUAUCGUCUUUCGGUUUUUCGCCGGCGCGGCAGGUAGCUGCCCCUUAACAAUCGGUGCAGCUUCACUAGCGGAUAUGAUUAAACAAGAAAAGAGAGGAGCCGCCAUGGGUGCUUGGGCUCUUGGACCGCUAAUCGGUCCUGUUGCGGGCCCAAUUGCGGGAGGAUACUUGACUGAGUCGAUGGGGUGGCGGUGGACAUUCUGGAUUCUUGCUAUAGCUUCCGGUGCUGUCGCCGUCAACACCUUUGUCUUUAUGAGUGAAUCGUGUCACUCCAUUCUGUUGGAACAGAAAAGGAAGCGACUCGUCAAAGAAACUGGCAACCAAAAUCUCAAAUCCGUCCUUGACACAGGUAAAACGUCCAAAGAACUAUUCCUCUUCGCCAUUGUUCGGCCAACCAAAAUGCUGUUCCUGUCUCCUAUUGUGUUCCUACUAUCUCUCUACAUGGCUCUCGUCUACGGCUAUCUUUACCUACUUUUCACAACCUUCUCGAGUGUGUUUGUAGGGCAAUACAAUUUCUCUACAGGAAGCGCCGGACUUGCAUUCUUAGGGAUUGGUGUGGGGUCACUCAUAGGCCUCGCCUUCAGCUCAGCAUUGUCAGAUCGCAUCCUUCAAAACCUCGCGAAAAAGAAUAACGGCGAAAUGAAGCCCGAGUACAGAGUCCCACUUAUGAUUCCAGGAGGCCUCUGCGUCCCAAUCGGAUUAUUCUGGUACGGCUGGACGGCCGAGAAGGGCAUGCACUAUGUCGUACCGAUCUUUGGCACUAGUUUUUUGGGUAUUGGUAUGAUCAUGGUAUUUAUGACCGGAUCAACGUAUCUUGUCGACGCUUUCACCGUACAUGCUGCCAGCGCCAUGGCUGCCACCACUGUCUUCCGCUCCCUAGGAGGUGCACUGCUGCCCCUCUGUGGCUUGAAAAUGUACAGCUCCUUGGGCCUUGGUUGGGGCAACUCUCUGCUGGGAUUCAUUGCGCUGGCAAUGACGCCGAUUCCUUGGGCCUUCUACCGGUAUGGGGAAAGAGUGAGAACGAGCAAAAGAUUCCGUGUGAACUUUUAGACACGAGAUGAGUUGGUGUUUUGGAAGGCAAAAUUUUUCUUUUUCGGGAGUCACCUCUUUUGUUUCUUUGUUAAUAUUUAUUCUCUUUGAACAAAAAUCUACAAUAUACGCAAGGGAAAAGGUGGGAAAGAGAUAUGUAUAUCAUUUUAUAUCAUUUUUCAUUAUAGCUGGCGUCGAAUUGGAUUAGAUAGAUGUCCAUAGCUUUAUGAUAAUACCCUCGCAUAUACCAUACAUACAUUUAUUCUCUCCUUUUAUCCCGCUCGUGAA